AUGGCCGGAGAACUUGGAGAGCUUCCCCUCUCGAGAGGCAGCCAUGAGUGGGGCGCGGAGUGGAGUUUGGUCUCCUUGCAGUCCGACUCGGAGAAGAAGAGCUUCCUCAUGGCACAUACCACGGCCAAGUGGCGAACCAAAUCAAUUCCCACCUCCACUUGUUCCCUCGAAUCCACUCAAAUCCUCGCCAUCCAGGGGCCCAAAUCACCGAAUUUGCAAGAACGCCAUGAAUCAAACCCGGCGCCACCAAGCGUGGCGGGACCGGCACAUGAGAUCGGGCCCCAAGAAGGCAAGAAUUCCGGAGGGGCACGCCCGGGAAGAGGGCGCAAGGGCUUUGGACUUGGAGGCCUUGGCCGAGCUCCCGAGCAAAGGGCGGAACCCGCCCGACCGCGCACUAGAGGGGGGAAGGCGUGCAGCACCAAUGUGCGACUAGAGAGGGAGAGGGGUUCGACUUUUCACAGGCUCAGUUCAGUGGAACCUGCCCUGACCCAAGAACCUUCAUGGGAGGAAUACGCUCCGAGUGAAGCCCCCUACCUGCCUAUUGCUGCUAUAUCCCCAGAAUCUUGUAAGAUGCAGCAGUGCAUAAGAGAUACUUAUAUAUGGCUAUUGGAUAUCGCCAUACCUGCCCUUAACUUUGGGAGAUGUUCCAUGUCUCAAGGAAGUAGAGAUAUUCUCUUCAAUGGAAUCUAUCGGAGUCCAUUCAAGUUAAGUGAGCUUCUAUGUGGUACAAAAUGCAUAAAUACUCUAGCAUUGGAUUUCCAAGGACAAAAGAUUUGGUUACAGCCAGAAAAAAAUCAACUUCACUCAGCAUUUAGCAAUCUGAGGGCAUUGAGCCUGCAGGGUAUAUUUGUUGGAUUUGGCCUAUUGUGGACAAUAACACUUCUUGAAGCUGCGCACUACCUUGAGAUACUACAUGUUGAGGUGUGUGACCAUAUUUGCAUUGGUGAGGAGGAAAGGAAUGAAUUAUAUGGAGAAAGAACUAAUGUACCAUGGGAAAUGUGUGGAUGUGAGGACUUUUCCAAGUGUUUGCCUAUAAAAGAACUUCGACUAGAUGGUUUCAGUGCUAAUGAAGAUCAUAUCACAUUUAUAGGAGCCGUGAUGGAGCGAGCUUCCAACCUGCAGUCAGUUGUUCUGGAAGAACAGUAUUGCAAGAAGUGCAUUGCGAUCUGUGUUCCUACUACUACAAGCAAAUGCAAAUUUCCAAAGAAGGGAGAUGAACAAGAGAUGACUACAGUUUCAGUAUGUGCUACUGCUAGUUUCAACGAGUAUAAGUUUUCUAGACCAGGGUUCAACUUUUCGCAGGCUCAGUUCAGUGGAACCUGCCCUGACCCUAGAACCUUCAUAUGGGAGGAAUACGGUCUGAGUGAACCUUCCCUGACCCAAGAACCUGCCUAUGUCGCUGCUAUAUCCCUGGCAUCUUGA